AUGCUUACAGUCAACAGGACUGCGUACACAAAUUUGACGUUUAGUCCGUUUUUUUGGAGCAGCACGUUUACGGACGGACUGUAUUUUCCAAGAAAGAAUGCCUCCGAAUGGGGACCGGUGAUAAUAAUUCCAUUACUGGCGACGAUAGUGCUGGCCAUUACCGUUUUUCUUCUAGUAAUGUUCAGGCAAAAUCCGACGUUCGUCAUCAGCACGGUUGCCGGAUGUUUGAUUUUUAUCACAAUCUACCUCAUUUUGGUCGCAUUGGAUUCGACGAAACAGUUUUUGUAUUAA